CCUGACAAUUUAAGAGGAAGUGAUGUAAUCCCCAGAGUUUCCUGUGGGACCUGACAGGAAGACGGCUUUUAUUCUCUUCAAACAAAGGUGACGACGGCCCUGGUUCUGUACGAAAAUAUAAAAUGUAAACACAGACACAUUCGGGCUCAGGCUGGAGGGCUGGAGGAGGAUUAAACAGUACACGAGCGCCCUCCAGUGGCAUGUAAGGGAACUGUUGUUGGUUUAACAUAAUCUGCAAAUGCAUAAAUCUGUUAGAAGUAACUGAUUUGCAGCAGCGUGAGUGACAGGGAGAAGAAGGAAGUCCAGUCUGUGACUGAGGAUUGACGACGGACUCAUAAAGGUCCAGUCAGAGUCCAGCAAACAGACCGUAAAACUCUCAGAUUUACAGGGGAGCCGUGUAACCCUGUGAAAAACAAACAGGAGACCAAAUCCAGUCCUACCUGGUCGGAGUUUUCACCGCAGUAAAUACCACAGACAAAGGCCUCAGCAGUGAGAUCUGGAGCUGACAUGUUUGAUGAUGGAUCUUCAGGGAUUCCCUCAACCACGGUUUAGUGACAGUAACAGGACAGGUUCCCAGGUUAUAAAUUCAUGAUGUUAAUUUAUGAUCUCCCCACAGAGAGGUUUAUAUUCAAAACUAAUGCGGAAGACGUUUUUCUUCCCCGACAGAGGAGCAGGUGAUUCACCUGCAGACACAGGAACCAUGACGGUGUCAUACAGCCUGGAGGUGGCCAACGUGCGGUUCGGGGGCUUCUCCAAACUCCUGUUCAGGUGGAAGGGCAGCAUCUAUAAGCUGCUCUACAAGGAGCUGCUGGUCUUCUGUGGAGUUUAUCUGUUUUUCAGCAUCGUUUACAGGUUCAUCCUGACAUCAAGGCAGCAGGAUCAGUUUGAAUGCAUCGCUCUUUACUGUGAUCAGUUCACCAACAGCAACUUUAUCCCGGUGACGUUUGUGCUGGGUUUCUAUGUGACCUUGGCCUUCAACCGCUGGUGGGGUCAGUACACCAGCUUCCCUCUGCCCGACAACCUGAUGAUGGUGGUGUCCGGAAACGUGCACGGGGCGGACGAGAGGGGUCGCCUGCUGAGACGAACCCUCAUGAGGUACGCAAACCUGUCGUCAGUCCUCAUCCUGCGCUCCAUCAGCACCAGAGUCCGCAAGAGGUUCCCCACGCUGGAGCACGUUGUGGAGGCUGGGUUCAUGACCGCUCCGGAGCUGAAGAAGUUUGAGUCUCUUGAGUCAGAUUUCAACAAGUACUGGAUACCCCUGACUUGGUUCUCCAACCUGGCGUCCAGAGCCAGAAAAGAGGGUCGAGUGAAGGACGACAUCGCUCUGAGGCUUCUGAUGGAUGAGCUGAACAACUACAGAGGCAAGUGUAGCCUGCUGUUCCACUACGACUGGAUCAGCAUCCCUCUGGUCUACACACAGGUGGUCACUAUUGCAGUUUACUCCUUCUUUGGCUUCUGUUUGAUCGGCCGUCAGUUCCUGAACCCUGACAAGGGCUACAAGGAUCAUAAAAUAGACCUGUAUGUUCCUGUUUUCACGCUGCUGCAGUACUUCUUCUACGCCGGCUGGUUGAAGGUGGGAGAACUCAUCAUUAAUCCAUUUGGAGAAGACGACGAUGACUUUGAAACCAACAACCUGAUUGACAGAAACAUUCAGGUCUCCAUGCUGGCCGUGGACGACAUGUACCAGAACCUGGCUCCAGUAGAGAAGGACAAGUGGGAAGAGAGACUUUUCUCCAUUCCUUACACUCUGUCCACAGCUGCUGAUGCUCUCACUCCAGUUUUCAAAGGCUCCACGUUUGACAUGAGGAUGAGUGCUGAGGAUCUGGAGCUUCACCAGCCUGGAGUCGCUCCGGUGAAGAGUCAGUAUUUGACCCUGAAGGGGUCACUGGGUGAUGGUGUUGAUGGACUCCUGCAGAAGGGCAAACGUCUACUACAAAGUCGGAGCCUUCCCUCUCUGGUAGACAUCCCAUCAUGACUGUACGAGGAGGAGGAGGAGGAGGAGGAGGAUGUAGACGAAGAGGACGUCAGUACCACCGAACACAAAGAACAAGCAAGGGCUAUGAUCAAAGUCGUAGUGGAACAUGCUGAGUGAUAAAAACAGUUCCUUGUUACAUUUUUGUACAAGUUCGCCAACUGUUUUCUUUUAUUUUGUAUUCUGUUUUUGUGGUUGUUGUAAAUGAUGCAUUUUCAAAAUAAAUAAUAACAGAUGUUGUGGUAAAUGUACAGGAGCAACAGUUUUGAACAUCAGUUUC